GGCGGAGGGGGGUGGCUGGGUGAGUGCUGAACCAUUGCUAACUGUAGGACUCGAGACCACAACAUGGUUUUUCGGUAUGUCGUGUGAUUGUCCCGUACAAGAUUGGAAACCGGACGAAACGCAGAGCUUAGCGUCCGCAAAGACUGAAAAACCGUCUCACGGGCAUGAGCCGAUAUUCUAGCUAACAUAUAAAGAUACUUGUAGCGGGGGCAGCGGCAGCGGAUGGCUUGGUGAGUAGUAAACAGACUAAAUACACAUACACCCUCUACUAUCAAGCUAACAUGCUCAUACACAAUAUUUCAAGAAAAAAUAACUGUAUGAAUAUGUUAGCUUGAUUUGUCCGUAUGUGUAAGUAUGUUAGCUACAUAGAAGAGCUAACAUACUUACACACACGAACCAUCUCCUUUUCUUUAUAACAUCCUCAUACAUAUAACUACUAAGAAAAUGACUCGGUGAGUGUUGAACACAGGCACUUAAUACAUAAAGAAAUACAGACUCUACUGUUUUAACUAGUCGACUUAGAAAACAGAAAGUAAAAGAAGAAAAUAUGGACGCGACGGCAAGUCACAAGCACGAAACUCUAGAUUGGACCGUUAUUGCGCGCGCGUAAAAAUGAAGAUGUGUUGGGGGGAAACGCACGCCGCGUUGCGCUGAUUGGCUCUCAAAUCAUACCCAUGCGCAGAGCCCCCUUUCCCAGUGGGCACUUUGGGCAAGUGCCCAGGGCUCCGCGAUCGAUAGGUGCCCCCCUCAGAUCAAAUACGAAGUCCCUAGUUCCUGUUAUAUUACCAAACGGGGAUCGUAGAGGCCCCAUUAUCCUAAUAUGCCCAAAGCCUCCAAUAGGUCAAAGACGGUACUGCCUAUGCGCAUGCGAAACGCGUCAGCUAUCCCUGACGCGUUUUGUUCAGCGCUAGAGUUACGUGCCGCGAUCUGUAACAAACAAUACACAUAAUCUCUUGUCAUAGUUAAGCUAGCUAUCAUGCUUUAUACACAAACCCACUUUACUAUCCUAGGUAAUUACCAUACUUUUAUACGUAGAGAGAUACCACUACAGUCUGUCAAUAAAGUCAUGGAAAGAAUGAAUGAUCUUAUGGUUUUGAUGGUCCUGGCAACACUAAAUUACUAAUAACACUCACUUACUUGUAGGCUUGGUAAAUCAGUGUAAGUUUGAUGAAUAUUAUAUUUCUUUAUUUUUAUUCCCACACAGGCGGCAACACAAACGAAGGCGAAGGCCAACAUGGCGGCGGCGGAUGGUCCCACAUCGAAGGCGUCCGCGCCGUCCGCGAGUACAGUGACGUCACCGUGGCCCCGCGCACCGGGCCCGGGGAGGUGCUCGUCAUCCCCGCGAUACACGCUUGCGGUUGUGACUACCGUUGUGUCGCGAUGAACGAAUACCGCAGCGAAGUGAGAUGUUACUGCCCGUCUUCUUGGAGCACCGAUAUGCAUGACGAGACCAAGUGCAUCCUGGAAGAUGCCUGGGAGCGGAUAUCUUGGGUGUUGGUGAUCGUGCUGGCGGUGGCCGUCAUCGUGUGCGCACUCGCCGUAGUGUGCGUGUAUAAUUCCUACCAACGCAAGAAAGAGACAGAGCUACGCCAGAAGCGUUUGUUAGAGCAAGAGGUGCAACUACACCGAUUGCGCAACGCACCGGGAGGCAACGAAAACCCUCUCAGUAUGGCCUUCAAUCCACACUACGGAAGCGAGAGUAUACUGCCACAAGGAAUAGACGUUAGGGGACUGCCUCAAGUGUCGAGGGAAAGCUUAAAGUUGGUCAAGGCUUUAGGCCAAGGAGCUUUCGGUGAAGUCUACCAAGGUCUAUACCGCCAUCGAGCCGGAGACACGGCGGAAAUGCCGGUCGCGGUGAAAACGCUGCCGGAAUUGUCCACCGGACAGGCCGAGUCCGACUUUCUGAUGGAAGCGGCUAUCAUGGCCAAGUUUAACCAUCCCAAUAUAGUUCAUCUUAUUGGGGUAUGCUUCGAUAGGCAUCCUAGAUUUAUAGUUCUGGAGUUGCUGGCGGGUGGGGACCUUAAGAAUUUCCUACGCGAAAGUAGACCGAAACCGGAGAGAGCCAGCGCACUUACUAUGAAAGAUCUUCUGCUAUGUUCUCUGGACGUCUGCAAAGGCUGCAGAUACUUGGAAGCCAAGAGGUUCAUACACAGGGACAUUGCGGCCCGAAACUGCUUGCUCACCUCUCGUGGUCCGGGCCGAGUUGUAAAAAUCGCCGACUUCGGAAUGGCCCGCGACAUCUAUAGGGCCGAUUACUACAAAAAGGGAGGCAAAGCCAUGCUACCUAUCAAAUGGAUGCCGCCGGAGGCCUAUAUCGAUGGGAUAUUCACAAUCAAAACAGAUGUUUGGUCUUUCGGCGUGCUUCUUUGGGAGGUUUUCUCGCUGGGCGUGAUGCCGUAUACAGGGUGCGCUAACCGCGAAGUUAUGGAGAUGGUGUCUGGAGGCGGCCGCCUGGAGAAACCUUAUGGUUGUCCACAAGAGAUCUACAGGCUGAUGUGUGAAUGUUGGAACCCGACGCCUACGGAUCGGCCUUCGUUUGCUACCAUGUUCGAUCGGCUGCAAAGAUUCCUUCAGGAUCCGGAAAUAGUAAGCGCCCCCCUACCAGUAGUGAGAUCAUUACUACCCCCUCCAAUGGAGGUUCAAAUGAACGCCAACGGGCCACAGCGCGCGCCGGCGUGCGACUACCUCGUGCCGAUGUCGCCGCAGGACCAUCCGCCGCCCGCCAAUAGCUCAACGGAUCAGCUGGUACCUCAUAGCAAAUCGCCAACGGCGGCGCCGGAGUCACCAGAAAUGGAGGAUUCACCAUAUCCACCUCUUCUGAAAGCAUCACAAGAAUAUGGCAACAUUCCAAUGGUGUGCCGGAGCGGCGCGGCCGGAAGGCGCCCCGAUGCUUCCGCUUCCGUCGCCGAGACCCGGAACACCACAAAGUUUCUGCCGUCUAAUUCCACUGACAGGUUGCUAAGUUCCGUGGAAGGCGCUUCCAUAGACGAAGACACAGCAUCCGAGAGCGAAGACAAGCCCGUCAUCUGGGAGACUUCCUUCACUGAGAAGCCAGAACCCAAACCGACUACCGAAAAUGGACCAGCUGUCGACAAGCUAAUCAGCAUAACCCCAACUUCUCCGAAACCGCCUGAAAACGUGCUAUCGAAAGCUAUAGAGGCAAACGUGAUCGACAAAACCAACCACAAAAAUUCUCUAGUGCCAGAGAGAAAGACUGCUCCCAUUGCCUCGCCAGACCCACCCAGAACCAACGCUUGGGCGAACAAAGAACCGCCCAAGUUAGCCCCAAAACUGAAACCCCUAUGUCUGGACGCGGCCCAAUUAGAGCAAAACCUGAACGCUCUCAAAAAGAACAGCGGCUCGGUAAAUUUGAAUACGAUGAACAUAAUCCCGCCUUACAUCAACGUAGUUACACCAAAGAAGCUUUCAGAAGCGAAAACCAUACAGAUAGACCCUAAAAAAGCCGUAAUAGACGACUUGCAGACUCCAAAGGAAGAGGUUAAGGAGGAGAAGAAGUUAAAACAAUCCAAUUCGGCAGCAAGCUUGCUGAAUGGACCUAUGACUGAUGUCCCUUACGCUGAUAGCGACAAUGCUUCGUCCAGUUCAGGAAGCAACGGUCAGAAAAACAAAAAGAACUUAACCGAAGUCGUGGUCGCCAACGACACUAGGAAUAAAGUGAUAAAACAGGGUAGCAACGGUGUCGAGUUUGUCGGCGACUCCGAGAUUAGCUGUUAAAAAAGAAAUCGUCUUUGUCAAAACGCUCUAACAAAUUAUGUCAGUGACGAAACAAACAGGUUGUGGUGCAGUAACUUUGUAAUGUACUGUUUUUUUAUUAUUGUGCGUCAGUGCCGCCGUUCGAAAAUGGAACAAUAUUAUAACUUAUAUAUGUAUAAAUAUAUUAUAAUAUAUUUAAAUUUUAAAAAAAAGGAACUAGAAGAAAUAAUGUUACCUAUUAAUAAGUGUAAAUACUACUAAGUUUUAAUAUUAGACACUUUUACAAUUUAAGCGUUAAGGAGAUCGCACACUGCAACGGCUCUGUAAUAGCUCAAGUCCAGCGAAAUAACUUUUCAUUCAAUUUGGAACAUUAAUUAGUAUGUCUUUUAACAAUAAUGUUUCAUAAGUGCUAUGCUGGAGCUGUGCUGUUAAAGUACCGCUAUAUUGUGCGAUGAACAUAAAAGUCACUUUAUGUGCGGACUUUGAAAAUAAUCACGAAUAAAUAAAUAAACAAAAAAUCCCAAAAAGUAAAAUAUUUAUUUUUAAUUUAUUAAUAACGACCCUAUUUUCGUCGAGAUGUGUAUGUGUAAGUAAUUGUUUUGUUAAAUAUUAAUUUUUCAUUGUUAAUGAUAAUUUAACAAAUAUAUUUAUAAAAUAGUAGAAAACAAAGUUUUUAUCAAAAGUGAAAAAUGGCUUCCUAAAAUCGCUUGAUAGUUAAAUAGUCGUUUAUUGUUGCUCAAUUUGCUCAAUGUUUUGCAAAGACGUUUGUACGUAGAACGAAAAUAAAAAAUGGUAGUUAAAAUGAAUCUGUUAGUUUUUUCUACUUUAGAUAUUCUAUUGAAAUACAUUUAAAAAAAAAACAUAGUUGUGAGAUUUUUACGAAAACAAUUUUGUACGUAGGGGCUGAUUCACAUUACGGAAUUAGCGAUGCAGAGCGAAAAAAAAAACUGUGGUGUCAGCUUUUUUUUAUAAUUUCAUAAUGUAAAUUCGCUCUGAAGUUUUGCUUAGUGCAUGUUAAUUUUUUAUUAAUAAGAUUUAUUUUUACAAAUUUAAAUAUCAUUGAAUUAUCUCGACAGUACUGUUUUAAACAUAUUGAUGCAAACACGCACACACACGGCAUUAUAAAAGCAGCUGUUUAGAUUUAAUAAAUUCUUCAACAUUAAAAUUUAAGGUCAAAGGAAACGAAUUAUUCAAUCAUUGCGAUGUCUUUUUUAUAUACCUAAUAUAUUUAAUUUCCAAGUUGGGGACCUUUCACGACGACGCGACGUAAGUUUUUAUUUUUUAAUAUUUUUUUUAGAGCAAUAUUAUUCAACUAAAAAUGGAAUUAAUUUUAUAUUUCAAAACACUAAAAAAAUUAAAUAACCAGUUUGUUUUUUUUCGAGAUAUAUUUAAUAUCCACACAAAUUGGGUAGAAUGUUCUGUUAGAAAUAAAAAUUACUAUAUUUAUAUAAAUAAUAGAAGAUUAAGUAAAGUACGUGCUGUGUAAUUUUGAAUUAAAUACCUAUAUUUUUGCGUUAUUGUAGUCAAGUUAUUACUAACAGAAUGUUGUUAUAAAAAAUACAAAUAAAAUUAUUUGUAAACAUAUUUAAUAGAGACAUAUAAACAAACCCUUACUGUUUUUUUACUGAACUUAUUAAGUACUUUACUAAAACUCCUUACGUUCUGAAAGGUUUUAUGAUUUUAUUGUCAUUUGAGUUUCCAUUGUGUCUGCACACAGUUCGUCGUGCAAGAUUCUCAACAAUAACCUUCCUUACCUAUAAAACCUUAGAUUAAACUUAAAUAAAUAACGUAGUAGCGCUUAAAAUGUUUGUAAAUAAUUAUUUUUAAAAAAAUGUAGAGAUUUAUGUAAAUCCGCCCCAAAAAUGAAAAACAUAUACAAGAGUACUAACUACAUUAAUAUAAUGAGGUUAUAUUAAAAAAAGAAGUUAUCUUUCGUAGUUGCGUACGUAGAAUGAAUGAAGUGUAUUUUUUUUUAGUUAUUAAUGUUUAUCUCUGUUGAUAAUUAUUAUUAAUGUAAUAAGACAUAUGUAUGUUAUAUGUUGUUAAAAAUUCUUUUCAAACGCCUUCCUAUAGUAGGUAUUAAACAUAAUAUUAUUUUCGUCACCGUCAUUGGUAGACUGGCCAUUUAAGGAGACAUACAUACCUACCCUAGAAAUUAUCGAUAUAGUUUUAUUAUAUAAAUACGAUUUUAAAAAUGUGUGUUAAUCACAUAAGUGGAUGCUUUAAUUACACUGUAAGAUAGGAUUUAAGGGAAAAAAUACUAGCGAAUCUAUGAUUUAUUUAAAGGUUUUCAGUUUUCUUUUCAGAGUAGUGCCAAAAUGUAUUUUUUUUUCCUCUUUUCUACUGCCUACUCGAGACGCAUUUAAUGUAUACUAUGUUAUAAUUGAGGCAUGAAAUGACAGGGUAUCAUGGUAUAAAAUUGAGUUAAAUUUCCAUUUUGUUUUAUUAAAACAUAUGUAAAAAGGUCAACGAAUGUACACAGAAGAGUGCUGAUAAAUUUUAUAUUUAAUUUAUUGUUUACAUAUAUACACAAAAACAUGAUAUUAGUUUUUGAAUGGUUUUGAGUUAUUAAACUAUUUUUUAUUUUAUUCAAAGUGGAUUUGUCAUAAUUACAGCUAUAAUACAAACGUAUUCUUUAUUGAUAAACAUCAAUAAAGAAUAAAAUUUACAAUAUUUCUUUCUAUGUAAUCGUCAAAAAUUCGUACUCAGAUCACACCAGAUAAAAUUAUGUUUAUGUGAUUUUUUUUUUAUAUUCAUGAUAUUUAUCAUCAAACAACUUAUCAUUAAUUAUUUUCUGAAAUUUCUUUACAGAAAUCAGAUGAGAAAUACUAACCUGUUGACCUUUAUAAACAACUAUUUUAUUUUUUAUAUAUCCACAGUCGGUUAUAUUUUGGGUAAUAAAUUAUAAUAUAUCUUUAUGUAACCUAAGUAUAUGAAAUAAUAAUAAUUUGCGUUAAAAUUAUUGUUGGUUACAUAAAAUUGGCCUGUAUCAUUAAAUAGCUAACUUUCCGUUCUUUUCGAUGAAUAACGUUUGAUUGUCACUUCUGUAACUUGCUCAAUUUAGAGUUGUUAUUUUUAAAUUAGACGAAAUACCUGUAACACGAAAUCUUAUUUUAAAUAAUAAAAUAAAAGAUUAAUGUGGUUGUGAAUUAAGUAUAGUUAUGAAAAAAAGACGACAUUAAAAAUCGUUUCGAAGGUUCCUUUCCUUUUUUCAAUUGAAGCGAGUGACUCUGAAAUGUUAUUCCUCUUUACUAUUGAAAAGUAUUUUUUAAAACUAAGUAUUUGGGCAAAGAACAACGAAACGAGAUUUGAAUUAAAAAAUAUAAGUAAUAACAAUAUAAAAAUGUAACUUUUUUUAAAUGCAGGCAAGUUUUAGUUUCAGCGUAUAAAAUUAAAAUACCAUGACCCCUUUUUGUAAAUGGACAAGUUUAGAAUGAUAUUACGCUACAUAAUAGUGGAGCACAUUUGUAUAAUGGUAAAAUAAUGAUAAAGUACCAGGUCAAAUGUAAAGUUUAUAAAAUAACAAUAAAAGAAAAAGUGUAAUUGAUAUUCAAAAAUAAAAUCAUUAAUAAUAAA